UUUCUUCCAUACUCAAAACCAUUGAUCUUUCAGCAAGCAAGAGAAAAAAGAAGUUAUUAUUUGUGAAGUAAUUUGUUGAGAAAAUGGCGAAAGAAGGUCUUGGACUUGAAAUCACUGAGCUAAGGUUGGGUUUGCCUGGUGGGGAACGUAUGAGUGACAAGAAUGAGAAGAAGAGGGUGUUCUCAGAGAUUGAAGGUGGCGGCGGGGAUGAGAAUAGCCGCUCCGGUGAGCGGAGAGUGGAGAAGAAGAGUGAAGUGGUGGUGGGGUGGCCUCCGGUGUGCUCAUACCGGAAGAAGAACAGCGUGAAUGAAGCUUCAAAAAUGUAUGUGAAGGUUAGCAUGGAUGGGGCUCCUUUCUUGCGUAAAAUUGACCUCAGCAUGCAUAAGGGGUAUUCUGAUUUGGCUUUUGCUUUGGAGAAGCUCUUUGGUUGCUAUGGAAUGGUGGAAGCGUUGAAGGAUGCGGACAAGUGUGAACACGUUCCCAUUUAUGAGGACAAAGAUGGUGACUGGAUGCUGGUUGGAGAUGUCCCUUGGGAAAUGUUUACCGAGUCAUGCAAGAGGUUGAGGAUUAUGAAGAGAUCAGAUGCAAAAGGCUUCAGUCUUCAACAGAAGGGAUCUUUAAAGGGAUUCAUAGAAGGCGCGGCAAAGUGAAAAGACAUGUUGUUAGGCUUAAAGUAAUUGAUGUCGUGCACGUUUUAAUGAUCAUCAAUACAAAUUUAUGUUGCCAUUUUGUUUAAUUUGAAGAAGCAUUCCUUUAUAUAGUUUGAUGAAAGAGUCAGAGUUCUGUUUCAUGUUAAUUAUUAUAAUUAUAGUGAAGGAGACAUAUAGGACCCUAUCUAAUUAAUAGGGGAAACUCAUAUUAAUGUUUUGCCAUAUUUGGUAAUUUUCAGUUCGCUACAUUGCAACUCAA